UUACAAAACUCUAAUAAAACAAAUAUAAACAUUAUUAGUAAAAUAUGUUUUUAUUUAAAAAUACAAAUUAUGAAAAAAACCACAAUUAGUUCUUAAUAAAAAAAUCAUGCUCCCAACUGUAUCAACAGAUUCGUCAUUCACCCCUAGAAGACACAUAUAGGAAUAAUUAAAUACUUUGGCAAAAAAAAAACAUUUUUGUGAUGAAGAUUCUUAGAUGAUGAUCGUUUUCUAUACAAACAUGCGGCACCUCUACACCAUUGUUUUAAUCCCAGGAAAACACGUAGAAAUCCAUUAACACAAAUAUUAACAUACUUUAAUUAAAUAUGUAAUCCGCGCGGAGCGCGGACACCGGCUCUAGUUACCAUAAUGAAAAUAACAGCUCAUAUGUCCGAAUAUUUUUGUUUUCUCCUAGGAAUAUGCUAAAGCCUAAAACGAGUUUUUGACCGUUAGUCUCAAAAACUCAACCAUACAGUAAAAACAAAUUCCAAAACAAACUUUUUUUAACUGAAAAAAAGAAAAACAGAACGGUGGAUGAGAAGUAGAUGCGAAAAACAAGAAGUCAAAGAGAAAUAAACGGUGUCGUUGUCACAAGAAUAUACCACAUAAAAGAAAAGAAUAUGUCAAAGCAAAAACAGAAAGUGAUCAUGUAUAUAUAGCCUUGUGCUACGCUGCCUCUAUUUCAUCACUCACAACCAUUCUUCAUCUUUCUCUCUGUGUCUCUACAGUUUCUUGAGAAACAACAACAAAAAGACUCUUCUCUUUCUCUAAGACAAUUCUCCAAGUGUUUGUCUGCGAGAGAGUAAGCAGAAGAAUAAUACUCUUCAUAGGAAAAGCUAAAAGAGAGCAAUGGCAGGAGAUCAACUCAACGUGCUAAACGCACUCGACGUUGCCAAAACGCAAUGGUACCAUUUCACCGCCAUUGUCGUCGCCGGAAUGGGAUUCUUCACCGACGCUUACGACCUUUUCUGCAUCUCCCUAGUCACUAAGCUUCUUGGCCGCAUAUACUACCACGUGGACGGCUCAGUGAAGCCAGGAAACCUACCUCCAAACGUCUCAGCCGCGGUUAACGGCGUUGCAUUUGUUGGCACACUCACGGGCCAGCUCUUCUUCGGCUGGCUAGGUGACAAACUCGGGAGGAAAAAAGUUUACGGCAUGACUCUAAUGGUCAUGGUCAUUUGCUCGAUAGCUUCAGGUCUCUCCUUUGGCAACAAACCUAAAACCGUGAUGACCACGCUAUGCUUCUUCCGGUUCUGGCUAGGGUUUGGUAUCGGCGGUGAUUAUCCUUUAUCCGCCACGAUCAUGUCCGAAUACGCUAAUAAAAAGACACGCGGCGCGUUUAUAGCCGCGGUUUUCGCCAUGCAAGGGUUUGGUAUCUUGACUGGUGGGAUCUUUGCGAUCAUCAUAGCUGCGGUUUUCGAGGCUAGGUUUCCUGCUCCGGCCUACCAAGUCGAUGCCUUGAUGUCCACGGUACCUCAGGCGGAUUACGUGUGGAGGAUCAUUCUGAUGGUUGGUGCUUUGCCUGCUGCCAUGACGUAUUACUCGAGGUCGAAGAUGCCCGAGACGGCACGGUACACGGCUCUAGUGGCCAAGGACGCGAAGCUAGCGGCUUCAAACAUGUCUAAGGUUUUGCAAGUUGAGAUAGAAGCAGAGCAUCAACGAGUUGAAGAGAUCUCUAGAGAUCAGUCUAGACAAUUUGGCUUGUUCUCCAAGGAAUUCAUGAAACGUCAUGGUCUUCACUUGCUUGGAACAACAAGCACAUGGUUCUUGCUUGACAUCGCCUUCUAUAGUCAGAACCUUUUCCAGAAAGAUAUUUUCAGCGCCAUUGGAUGGAUCCCUCCGGCUCAGACCAUGAACGCAAUUCAAGAAGUUUUCAAGAUCGCGCGUGCGCAAACCCUAAUCGCCUUGUGCAGCACGGUACCUGGUUACUGGUUCACAGUGGCGUUCAUAGACAUCAUUGGUAGGUUUGCUAUACAGAUGAUGGGUUUCUUCUUCAUGACCGUCUUCAUGUUCGCUCUUGCCAUUCCUUAUGAUCAUUGGACUCACAAGGACAACAGAAUAGGGUUCGUGGCAAUGUACUCGUUAACAUUCUUCUUUGCGAACUUUGGACCUAAUGCGACAACCUUCGUGGUGCCUGCUGAGAUCUUCCCGGCUAGGUUUAGAUCAACCUGCCAUGGAAUUUCAGCGGCUUCUGGAAAGUUGGGAGCAAUGGUCGGUGCGUUUGGGUUCUUGUACUUAGCACAGAGUCCUGACAAGAACAAGACGGAACAUGGUUACCCUCCAGGGAUUGGUGUGAAGAACUCGCUCAUUGUUUUGGGUGUGGUUAAUUUUUUGGGGAUGGUGUUUACAUUGUUGGUUCCUGAAUCUAAAGGCAAGUCUCUUGAGGAAAUGUCUGGUGAGAAUGAGAACAAUGAUGAAAGCAACAGUAGCAGCAGCAACAACAACCAAAACAGCACGGUAUAAGCUGCAUAGAGAUUUCAAAAACACUUGUGUUAUUUAAUUACUUGUAUUUUUUGUUCACUCUACUCUACAGAUUUCUUCUCACUAGCAGCUUAAGUUGUUGUUCUUUUAUGUCCACUUAUUUAUUGAUAUGUCAAAUGAUAUAGGAUCUGAUUCUUUUACGUAUCUGUUUUUUUUUUGGAGUUUUAAGAACAGUUUUGUUUUUGGUGUUCAUUCUUUGUAACAAAUGAAAAUGGAGACAAUGCAAAGCUUUUAUGAUGAAACUGUGUUUUUGGCUGUUCAUUGAACUAAGAAGAAAUGCUAGUCAGGAAUGAAUUGAU